ACUUUUCACUACCUUUCAAAUGGCCUUCGUUAGUUGUAGGUUUCUAAUUUUCUUCCUCAUUCUCAUGGCUUCUUUUGCCUCCCUUUGUCAUUGCACAUCAAAUAUUCUUGGUAGAAAGGUGGCAUCGAAAUCAGAUAUUACAAGAGAAAAGAUUGUCGUUGAUUUUUGCUUUAAAUUCCAUUGUAAUUUUCCCACGGGAUGGGAAAAAUGUUACUGUUGUACUAUAUUGAAAUCUGAACCUUGUUGGGUAGACCGUAAUGAUAUCAGAGGGAUAUGGUACUACGUGUCGCAUCCUUACCGGAAAGAAGAGCAAGUUGUAUCAGCUGAUGAUAAGUCAUUUGAAGAUGAUGAAGCGCCCAUCGAGGAAGAGGAGCAUCAUGAUGAAGAGUUCGGUGGAGUACCCACAUAG